AUGGCGCUGGUGACGCCGGCACACCGCCCACGCAAGAUGCUGCGGUCCCGUGACGUCCCGGGACAUCUGCGCCAUGGCUGGGGACGGCCCGGCCCUGCCCUGCUACCACGCUCACGGGUGGGAGAGGGGCGAAAGCCCCAGCACCAGAGUGCCCACAGCAGCCCCACGGCGGUACCGGCUGCCCCAUGCCCGGCUCCGGACACCCACACGCCCCAGCUCUGCCCGUCCCAUAUCCGGGUUCUGGAUGCUCCACGUCAGGCUCGGUCCCCGCCCACACCCCGCUGGCCCCGCCCCGGCUCAGCCCCUCCCCGGCCCAACAGGAUGGGCCCCGAUCGCCCUCUGACGGCGGCUGCGGGUAGGACAGGCCUCGUCUCCGCCCUGCCCCUCCAACUGCCCUGGCCUGGCUGACAGCUUGUUACACAUUUACCCUGCGUUAAUGAGGCAGCACAGGCUGCUCGGCCUUCGGACCACAGAGAUGCUUCACAGGCAGCUCUCCAGCUCCAUUGCCCCAGUGGGGUGAAGGGAGUGGCGGCAUCCAGGGAGCUCCGGGAUCUGAAGGCACUGUCUCGGAGCAGCUGGCCGGGUCGCUGGGGAGCAUGCGGCGCGAUCACGCGAGCGGGGAUGACGCGAACAGGGGUGGCGAGAGGGGGCCAGCUGAUCCCCAGUCCGCCAUACCAUGACAGCUUUUAUAGCUUCACGCUGCGGUUAAGUAUAGCCACCCGCCCCGAUUCGGCGGUGGAACGCUCGGCUGGCCGCGCCGGGCCGCGCCCCGCCCCGCCCCGCCGGGGCCGCCUCGCUCCUUCCCAGCGGACGCGGAGGGCGGGGCCGGGCCGCGCCGAGCCGAGUCGGGACCCAGGUGGGUGUCGUGGGUCGGGCAGGGUGCUGGAGUAUGCCGGAGACGGGGGGCUCCCGGGUCGGAGACGGGGUGUCCCGGGUCGGGGGUCUCUGCGCUGCCGUCGGGGUCUGUCCGAGCUGGCACCGGGGGUGGGGGGGCGGGGUGGUGGUGCUGGCGGCACGGUCCGUCUCCCGGCUGACACCGAAGUGGCCGGGUUUGUCUGGGCUGGCACCAGGAGUACGGGCGCUGACUCCGUGCUGAGGCUGGCAUCGGGGACCAGGGGUGAUUGGCACCGCGGGUCUCAGGGGCUGGAUUUGCAAGUGUUGACACCGGUAGUGUCCAGUGCUGCCCACCUGCUCCCCACGACCUGCCUCCCGCGCCACCAUCGGGUCGGGGCAGACGGCGUUGGGAGUCCGUGCCCGGAGGUCUGCCCUGGGCCCUCAUCAGGCGUUGCAGUACCCAUCCCCGGGAGAGAUCAUGGUCUGGGAGCUGUAACCCGAGCUGAGGUCUCUGUUCUCUGCCCCAGCCACCAAGCCGCCAGCCCGCCCCCAGCCAUGAGUUGCACGCUGCUCCUGCUUCUAGUCCUACUCCUGCUGUGUGGCCCCGCCGCCGGCCAGCCCCCACCCACUGCCACCCCCCGCCUCAAGCUGGCCUUCCCUGAGCUGCGGGCUCGCCACGGGCUGCAGCUCUUCACGCUGGAGCGCUCAUGCUGCUACGAGGCCCUGCUGCUGGACGAGGAGCGUGGCCGCCUCUUUGUCGGCGCCCAGAACCACCUGCUCUCCCUGGCCCUGGAUGACAUCAGUCAGCGGGACAGGAAGAUCUACUGGCCAGCACCAGUCGAAUGGAGGGAGGAGUGCAACUGGGCUGGCAAGGACAUCACUGCUGAGUGCAUGAAUUUUGUGAAGAUACUCCAUGCCUACAACCGGACCCACCUGUACGCCUGCGGCACUGGUGCCUUCCAUCCGGUCUGUGCCUUCGUGGAGGCUGGCCAGCAUGCAGAGGAGCCCAUCUUCAAGCUGGACCCUCAGCGCACUGAGGAUGGCAAGGGGAAGAGCCCCUAUGACCCCCAGCAUGCAGCUGCUUCUGUCCUCAUGGGAGAGGAGCUCUACUCCGGGGUGGCCACCGAUCUGAUGGGCCGUGACUUUACCAUCUUCCGCAGCCUGGGCCAACGUCCCUCCAUCCGCACUGAGCAGCACGACUCUCGCUGGCUCAACGAGCCCAAGUUCGUGGCUGUUUUUUGGGUGCCAGAAAGCGAGGACCCUGAUGAUGACAAGAUCUACUUCUUCUUCCGUGAGACGGCCGUGGAACGUCAGCAGGGCCUGGGCAAGACCACAUUUGCCCGUAUUGGCCAGAUCUGCCGGAAUGACAUGGGUGGGCAGCGCAGCCUGGUGAACAAGUGGACAACCUUCCUGAAGGCACGUCUCGUCUGUGCUGUGCCAGGACCUGAUGGGGCAGACACCCACUUCAAUGAGCUCCGAGAUGUCUUCCUGCUGCAGACAAAGGACAAGCGCAACCCCCUGGUCUAUGCCAUCUUCUCCACUUCCAGCUCUGUUUUCCAGGGCUCAGCUGUUUGUGUCUAUACCAUGGCCGACAUUCGCCGAGCUUUCCUGGGCCCCUUCGCACACAAGGAAGGCCCCAACUAUCAGUGGGUGUCAUAUCAGGGACGUGUGCCAUACCCCCGCCCAGGCAUGUGCCCCAGCAAAACCUUUGGCACCUUUGGCUCCACCAAAGAUUUCCCGGAUGAGGUGAUCCAGUUUGCCCGGCACCACCCACUGAUGUACAACCCAGUGCUGCCCCACAGCCAGCGCCCCCUCUUCCUGCAAGCCUCCGUUCCCUACACUUUCACCCGCAUUGCUGUGGACCGUGUCGCUGCUGCUGAUGGCCACUACGACGUCCUCUUCAUUGGCACAGACAUUGGCACAGUGCUGAAGGUAGUCUCAAUGGCCAAGGAGAGCUGGCACCACAUGGAGCCACUGCUGCUGGAGGAGCUGCAGGUCUUCCAGGAUGCCUCCCCUGUCACCAGCCUGCAGCUCUCUUCAAAGCGGCAUCAACUCUAUGCUGGCUCAGCUACAGCACUGGCCCAGCUGUCCCUGCACCGCUGUGGUGCCUACGGCAAAGCCUGUGCUGAGUGCUGCCUGGCGCGGGACCCAUACUGUGCCUGGGAUGGCACCACCUGCACCCGUUAUGUGCCUAACACUAAGAGGCGUUUUCGUCGGCAAGACAUCCGUAAUGGUGACCCAAAUACGCUCUGCUCAGAAGAUCCCCGUCGAGGCAGUGUGCCCCAGAAGCAGCUCUAUGGGGUGGAGGGCAGCACCGCCUUCCUGGAGUGCAUCCCCAAAUCCCUUCAAGCCCGUGUCUUCUGGAUGUACCAACGUAGCCCAGAUGAGCCCCAGCAAGAGGUGCAGAUGGAUGAGCGGGUGGUGCAGACAGAGCGGGGUAUCCUCCUGCGCAGCGUGCAGCGUGCCGAUGCCGGCCUCUACGUCUGCCAUGCCACUGAGCAUGGCUUCACCCAGCCCCUGCUGCAGCUCUCCCUGGAGGUGAUCGGUGCUUGGCAGGUAGUGGGCAUGGCACCCGCCGGAGACCCCCAGCUCACCGCCGGGCCUGCCAGCCGCAAAGUCUGGUACCGGGACUUCCUCCAGCUGGUGGAGCGCCCGCCGUUGGGGGCUGCAGACAGGGCCUGCCAGCGGCCCUGGAGCCGGGGAAGGUCCCUGCCACCUCCACGUGCCCAGGCCGGAUCCCCCGGCCGCAGUUACGGCGAGGAGCCGCGCAAAGCUCGCCGCCGGCGCACCCACGAGGGGCCGCGGGCCGAGCGGAGACCCCGCAGCACAUCCGCCUGGUGACCCCGGGGCCGGGCCCGGGCACCGGGCUCUGCCUAGGAGCGGAGCCGCGGGCAGGGGCGAAGUCCCUCACCAGCCUCGGCCAGCCCGCCGGCAGCACCGGAGCCGGCCGCAGACAGCAGUGGGGGACUGCGACUGUGGGGCCUGGGGGGCAGCCAGGCUGACACCCUUUCGAGGGGCUGCCGGCCGCCCUUGCCACCGGCUUCAGCAGCAGCAACUGCCGGUACCGCAGUCACCAAAAUAUUUAUUAACGACUGUUACGGAUGAAUGUAAAGCUGCCCCGGCGAGGGAGCGGCGGGGCCGGGCCGGGCCUCCCCUGGGCAUGACACCGUUGGGGACGUGGCAGCAGGGCCACCCUCAGGUCCUGGAGGCUACAGGCAGGACCCCGAAGGGACAGGACG